AACUACAUAUGGUAUUUUAUAGCGAAAAAUAUAACAAUUUUAAUGAUGCCGCAAAUCAAGCUGAUGGUUUAACUGUGUUAUCAUUUUUAUACCAGGCAACCAAUGAAGAAAAUGGAAACUACAAACAAUUUGAAAAUAAUUUACCCAAGGUACACAAUCUGUCAUCGUAUACCGCAAUAAAAAAUUUUGUGUCUUUAACUGAAUUUACUAUAAAUAACAAAAAUGUGUAUUUUACUUACAAAGGAUCUUUAACAACUCCUCCAUGCUCCGAGGUGGUAACAUGGAUAGAAUUUAAAAACACCAUUCCUUUGUCUCAUGAGCAGAUACAAGCAUUCAGAUUGUUAGCUGGACAAGGUGGUCAACUUACACAUAAUUUUCGACCAGUUCAACUCCUAUAUGAUAGAGUUAUUUAUAUGAAUUCCCCUUCACACAUUUUUAGAAUAGACAACACAUUUAUGAUUAUAAAUGCAUUGGUAUCCUUAAUAUAUUGUAAUAUAACAAAAUAA